GAAACGCUGAAAAGACUGUCAAGAAAAAAUAGUCAGCAUUUAAACCAAAUUGUAUAAAAGUGAAGAAACCACAAAGGAAAUAAGUAAUUUAUUUCUCAGAUCCGAAAUUAUUUGCGAUCCGAUUUCCUUGUGAUCCCAGUACAAGAUGAGUGAGGAGGAAGUGCCUGGUGCGGGAGGCGAGGACUCAGGAGCUGGGCCGACUGAAGAGGUGGCAGCCCCAGUGCCCGAUACCACCACCGCUAAUCCCGAGGACACCACCACGUCGGGAGCCCGAAUGAUAAUGAUGAUGAACCACCCCUGGUUGGCGGCAGGAGCAGUUGCAGUUUAUGCCACCAAGGUCAUGUGGGUCAAGUUCCGCGAGCUUGGACUGGCCAAACAGAAAAAGAAGGUUAAAUAUCAUCAGGAAAAGAUGCUGAAGCCCCAGAAGGAUGACAAAGACUGUGGAUUAGAGUCUGAAUCUGAGGAAGAGUCUGAUACGAAGCCAGAUAAAGCUGAUCUUGCCCCAAAACAACCCAUAUAAUGUGUCGGUAGUGCUGGCGAUUCAAGUACAGAGGGAUCGUCUAUCAUUGGUUAUCGUUAAGUGGGAAAUGGUUAAAAUGAUUUUUAAACACCUUAGAAUUUUCAUUAUUUUUUUGAAAAAUUUUAUAAAUUAUCAAAAUUUUUGUGAAACAACAGGGUUGUUUAAAUAGACAAUUGGCUUACAAAUCGUCCCUGGGAUUUUAAAAAUGACCUACAUUAUUAUAAAUUGUCUUAGUAUUUUAAUAAGAUUGUCUGCUCAAAUUAUAUGCUAUAAAUUAUAUAAUCUAUAUAACAUUGAA